AUGAUGCCAAGUCCUGGCAUGGGACACCUCAUCCCAAUGCUAGAAUUAGCCAAGAGACUCAGCCGCCACAUCAAUCUAACUGUCACCAUCAUCAUCCCCUCCAGCAACCCUCCCUCCGCCGCACAAACAACCCUCCUCAGCUCCCUCCCCACCGCCAUCUCACAAACCUUCCUCCCCUCAGUCUCCCUCUCUGACAUCCCUUCAACCACCAACCCAGAGCUUAGCACCGCUCUCACCAUCCUCCGCUCCCUUCCUUCCCUCCGCCGCACCCUCCUCUCCCUCUCCUCCACCCACCACCGUCUUGCCACGUUCAUCGUCGACCCCUUUGGCUUAGAUGCGAUUGAUAUCGCCUCAGAGCUUCACAUCCCUUCUUACCUUUACUUCCCUUCCUCUGCCAUGACCUUGUCUUUGGCUUUACACCUUCCCUACUUGGACCAAACGGUCAAGGGAAAUUUCAAAGAUCUCUCUGAACCGGUCCAUAUUCCGGGAUGUGUACCGGUUCAUGGAAAAGACUUGUUAGAGCCGGUUCAAGAGAGAAACAGUGAAUCCUACAAAUGCAUGCUUCGCCUCUCGAACCGGUUCAAGAUGACCCAAGGGAUCAUAAAUAAUAGCUUCUUAGAACUCGAACCGGAAACCUUUAAGGAAUUGCAAAAGGGUGAACCGGGCAUGAUUCCAGUUUACUCGGUUGGACCGUUGGUGAACGUAGAGCAAACUAAUGGGACUGCCGACAAAUGUUUAACAUGGUUGGAUGAGCAGCCACGUGGCAGUGUUUUAUUUGUAUGUUUUGGUAGUGGUGGAACUAUAUCUAGUGCUCAAACUCAUGAGCUUGCUAUUGGAUUAGAGAAUAGUAAGCAAAGAUUUUUGUGGGUUGUCAAAUGUCCUGACAAAGUAGCAAAUGGUGCCUUGUUCAAGACUAUUAAUGCGCAAGCCGACCCUCUUGAUUUCUUGCCUGAAGGGUUUGUAGAGAGAACUAGAAUGGGCCUUGUGGUUCCAUUUUGGGCUCCACAGGCCCAAAUAUUGGCCCAUGAAUCUAUUGGAGGAUUCUUGACCCAUUGUGGUUGGAACUCUAUACUCGAGAGUAUAGUUAAUGGAGUUCCGAUGAUUGCAUGGCCACUCUAUGCGGAGCAAAAGAUGAAUGCGGUUUUGAUUACCGAAGAUAUUAAGGUUGCAACAAGACCAAGAAUUGGUGAGAAUGGGUUGGUGGAAAAUGAAGAAAUAACUAGGGUUGUGGAGAAGUUGAUGGAAGGUGAGGAAGGGAAGAAGCUUAGUUAUCGAGUGAAUGAACUCAAGGAUGCAGCUUCCAAAGCCCUAGGAGAAAAUGGAUCCUCAACAAAGCAACUUUCUGAGUUGGUUCUUAUGUGGAAAACUACUCAAUAG